AUGCCUGGCGACGACGACUUGAUCGAGGCUGCAAAGUCUACUGCCGUCGACUACUAUGAUCUGCUAGGCAUCACAUUCGAAAACUCGAGCGAAUCAGACAUCCGCCGCGCCUACCGCCGCACCGCCCUCAAAUACCAUCCCGACAAGAACGCCGACAAACCGGAUAUAGUCGAGAAGUUCCAUCUUCUACAAAUCGCCAACGAUGUACUAUCAAGUCCUGAAUACAAGGCUAUCUACGACAAUGCCCGCCGCGCCAAACAAGAGAAGGAGGAGCGACAUCAGGCAUUUGAAGGCAGGCGCCGCCAGAUGAAGGAGGAUCUAGAAAACCGUGAGAACGCCAGCCUGAAGAGGAAGCACCAAGAAGACGAAGAAGGCGACAAAUUACAACGCGAAAUCCAGCGUCUGGCUGCCGAUGGUAAACGCCGACGACUCGAAAGGCAGGCCCAACUGAACCGCGAGCGACUUGAAGAGGAGGAGCGCCUUGAUCGCGAAAGGAACGGAUACCAAUCCCCACAGACACAACCUACCCAAGGCGCUACUGGUGUCGCCGAUAUCGAUCGCUCCAUCAAGGUCGUAUGGCCAAAAGAAGGCGACGGAGCAGCCAUCGACAAGGAACGUCUUACGACCAUAUUCACCGCUUUUGGCAAGAUUCAAGAUGUGGCAAUGCUCAAGGAGAAGAAGAAACGUCUGGGGGAGAGCACGUCAAAGAGCCUUGUCGCAACUGCUCUCAUCGUCUACGAGUCGGUGGUGGGAGCCCAUGCCGCUGUUUCAGACUUCAACAAGAAGCGACAGUCAGAGCCCGAUUUCAAACCCCUGGACUCGGUUUACUGGGCGUCGAACAAGGAGCCCGAACUUCUCCAACGCCCAUCAACACCAACCUCCACCUCACCAAGCACAGAAAUGCCGAAGUCAGCAUCACGGCCCAUGCACGAGAUACCAGGUCUGAAUUCACCCAUAACGCCACUCAAGGAAGCAGGAGGUCUGCGCAAGGUUCCUUCCUUCGCGUCUUUCAGCAGUGCCAAGAAUUCGCCCGUUGCUCCUUCCGUUUCGAGCCCCAGUUUAGAGGAGCUCACCAUGAUAAGACUGAAAAACGCCGAGAAGAGACGAAUAGAAGAACAGAUCCGCAAGCAAGAGGCUGAAGAUGAGGACUGA